GAGGGCACUUCUGCUCCUGAACCUUGCCCCGAGGGAACCUACAGCUCUCGUUCGCUUCUCGGUGACGGGGCUGAGUGCUCCCCUUGUGGCGGAGGCCAGUAUUGCAGCACCGUGGGACUGUCACAGCCGUCUGGAAGCUGCAAAGAACGAUACUACUGCAGAGAGGGAGCCAAAUCUCCUACUCCUGCGGAUGGGCCGACAGGAGGUUUGUGUCCAGCAGGAAGUUACUGUCCUCUGGGUUCGUCCUCUCCCUUCCCAUGUCCCCCCGGCACCUUCAGCAACAGCACCGGCCUCAGCAGACCUGAGCAGUGUGUCAGCUGUCCGCCAGGUUUUUAUUGUUUAGGUUCCAACAACACCUCUCCUUCGGGUCCUUGUUUUCCUGGUUUUUAUUGUACCGGUGGCUCAACUUCGCCAACUCAGAACGAAGCAGAGGAGGGUUUUUAUACCCCAGAGGGGGCCGCCAGGCCACAAGCCUGUCCUCUUGGGACUUUUCAGCCGCGUCAAGGUGCACAGUCAUGUGUGGAGUGUCAGGGAGGCAGACUGUGUAACCAGACGGGCUUGUCCCAGCCUACACAGUGUCCCACGGGACACUACUGUCCUCCGGGGUCCUCUGUUGCUCGACCCUGUCCUCCGGGCUCUUAUUCGGACCAGCCUGGUGGCGACGCUGUGCAGUACUGUCGGCCAUGUGAGGCCGGUUGGUUCUGCAGCCGAGCCGGUCUCUCGAAGCCUCAGGGUCUCUGUAACUCAGGACACUACUGCACCUCAGGAGCGUCCACUGCCUCUCCGGUACAGGACACAUCAUUGUUAAUCAUUUAGGUAGCUCGGCUUCCAGGAGCUCAUCCAAGUAAGAAGGGAUGUUUUAUUAAAAACUAAUAGUAGUAAUACGCAUAAGUAUAAGAUUACCUCAAUAUCGAUAUCCAAAGGAAUGCAAUUGACCCUUUGAUGCCAUAUACAUUUUAAUAACAUUUUUUCUUGUUUCACUCGUGUGAUGUAGCAUGAAAACAGGCUUGAAUGCCGUUUAAUAUAUUUAGCAUAAUUAUAUUUGAAUGAUUUACAAAGCUGGUGAAGUGUUGGACAUUUGGUGUAAUAUGUUCUUGUUGUGAACCACGUAUAAGGGAAGGACUGGCAUAGAAAAAUGUGUAGGAAUAUAAUAAGACCAACCUUCGUACUGAAUUUAAGGGUAGCUAUUCAUUUCAUGUACACUUUGACUCCUUAGGUUCUGCCAUGUUAUAUAAUUAUACAUUUAAAGGCAUAUUUAGUUUGCAUCAGGAAACUAAAGAAUGUUGUUGGUUAUUUUCCAGGGAUAAGCUGCCGAUUUAAACUGCCCACAGCUUCAACUGAAAGUUCUAACUACAGAUGAAAGCCAAAAUAAUCAAACGUUGUCAUAUGCUCAUGAUUACCCGAAAAUUCCCAUAGGUUGCCAUGGCCUCUGCUGCUGUAUGUCCAGCAGGUUUUGUCUGUCCGCAAGGCACCAGGUACCCCCAGCAGCACCCCUGCCCUGUAGGAACCUGGAGCAGCACUGUGGGAGCCCAAAACCUUUCCUCCUGCUGGCUCUGCCCUCCAGGAUCCUACUGCAACCGGACUGGACUCAGCCGGCCCUCAGGAGCCUGCAAUGCCGGUUAUUACUGUUCAGGAGGGGCUGUGUCGUCAGUACCUUCAGACGGCGUGACAGGGGACAUUUGUCCAGUUGGACACUUUUGUCCCGCAGGCUCAACGUCUCCCGUGCUCUGCCCUGAUGGGACUUACUCCAACACUAGAGGGUCCGAACAGUGUGAUGACUGCCACUCAGGGACCUACUGUCUGUCCGGAGAAGGUGUCCAGCCUUGUCCAGCAGGACAUUACUGUAUCGGUGGCGGUGUUGAGGGCAUCCUUCCCUGCCCUCCUGGCACAUACAGCUCUCAGUUUGGCCUCAGCCAAGUGGAGCAGUGCCUCAUAUGUCCAGCAGGGUUCUACUGUGAGGACUGGGGUCUCUUUGAACCUAGCGGACCCUGCCAAGCUGGUUACUAUUGCAUAGCAGGUGUGAACUUUCAGAACCCAGAUGGGAACUUCAGCACAGGAGUAGGAGGCGCCUGUCCAAACGGGAUGUUCUGUCCUGAGGGCACCAGUCUCCCACUGCCCUGUCCACCAGGAACCUACUCCAACAGUCUUCAUCUGACAGAAGCUUCUGGCUGUAGUCCAUGUCCCCCGGGUCACUUCUGUGCCACGUCAGGUCUCACUCAUCCAUCUGGACUCUGUCAGGCGGGGUUUUACUGUCCAGGGGCAGACACAACAGCUACAGGUUCUGAAGGAGGUCUUUGCCCACCAGCUCAUUACUGCCCCGAGGGUAGUGCAAGCUCAGUGCCCUGCCCAGCUGGAGCCUACACCAACCUCACAGGGCAGCCUGUGUGUUCCCGCUGCCCCGCUGGAUACUACUGUCCAGAAAAGACUGGCAACUUCACCAAGUUCCCCUGCCCGCCUGGCUUCUACUGCCCAGAUGGUUCAAAGCACGCCACCCAGUUCCCCUGUCCUCGCGGAUACUACAACCCAGAGCCCAUGACUCACAGUCUGGACAGCUGCCUGCCUUGUCCACCUGGACACUACUGUGAGAAGGAGAGGCUGACCAAAGUGUCCGGGAAAUGCAAAGCCGGUUGGUUCUGUGUGUCAGCAGCUUGGACCUCCCAGCCUUUCGAUCUGGACAAUUACACAAAUGCCAACUGCCUUUGCCCAGCUACAUCCACAGGGGGGCGCUGCCAAGUGGGCUUUUACUGCCCUUUAGGUAGCUCAGAGCCCGUGCCAUGUCCACCUGGAGCCUUCUGUAACAUCUCAGGUUUGGCUCGGCCGAUGGGUCCCUGCUUCUCUGGCUAUUACUGUGAGGGAGGAGCCACCGAGGCGAAGCCAACAGAUGGAGAAACGGGCAGCAUCUGUCCACCUGGGGCGUACUGCGUUGAGGGCUCAGGAGAGCCGGAUUUGUGUCCAAGUGGUACUUUUUCCUCAGUGCCCGGUCUAAACAGUGAGGCUGGCUGUCAGAAAUGCACUGCUGGUUUCUACUGCAAAGGAGCAGGUCUCAGAGCUCCGACUGGACCCUGCAGCCAAGGGUUUUGGUGCCCACCAGGUCAGACUGUGCCUACAGCUCUGCCGUGUCCUCCAAGCCACUUCUGCUCACAGGGAAGUGCGGCUCCCGUUCCGUGCCCAUCAGGAACCUACCAGGACAGAGAACAACAGUCAGCCUGUGCUGUCUGUGAAGCAGGUUACUACUGCGAUUUGAGACGGUCCAAUGUUUCUAUUCUGAGGCCUUGCCCUGAAGGACACUACUGCCCUGCAGGUACAGCCCUUCCCAACCCCUGCCCCAUAGGCUCCUUCAACCCCAGAGAGCGCACGCACAGUGUUGCAGGCUGCACGCCAUGUGCUGCUGGACAGUACUGUCCUUUUGUAGGACUUUCAGAGCCGGCAGGAUCUUGUAAUGCUGGUCAUUGGUGCAGAGUGGGGGCAUCCUCUCCCAGUCCUCUGGAUGGAGUCUCAGGUUCCUUGUGUCCGCCUGGUCAAUACUGCCCCACAGGUUACUGGCUUGCCGUCCUUUAUCAACCAAUCAGCCAGCCGCUCUGUCAGUACUGUGUACUGUUGAUGCCUGAAAUGUGACACGGUGCAGGCGG